UUUACGUGACUUCCGGUAUUGGUGUUGGCGGGUAGACGAGGUUAGCUUAGUGUGCUAGCUGUGCUGGAGGUAUUGUGUUAUUAGCUUCCGUUAGCCGGACAAAGGAGCCAAGCAUUGUUGAGUCUGGAGCAGUUUUUUUGCUCACAACUACUGUAGUUCGCUCUGUUAUUAGCUUCAAACAGAGCCGAAAGUUCAGUUCAGCUCUGCUUGAGGCCUACAAGCUCAUUCAACAUCUCCCAAGUUUUCUCCGAUAAGCUUUCACUUUGCUGGUCAAGCUGGCGACUGUCGCAGUGAAGACGAGCAAUGAGGAGGAGGGGGAGCAGCAGCAGCAGCCGCCGCAGCAGCAGCAGCCGCCACAGCAACAGGAGCAGCCUGUAGUGCCUGAAACACCCGUAGCAGCUACAGAAGCAUCAGCAACACCCGAGGAGGAGGAGGAGGAAGAAUAUGUGGUAGAGAAGGUGUUGGACCGUCGAGUGGUGAAGGGCAAGGCAGAGUUUCUGCUGAAAUGGAAGGGCUUCUCAAACGAGGACAACACCUGGGAGCCUGAGGAGAACCUGGACUGUCCAGACCUGAUUGCAGCCUUCAUGCAGAAGUACCGAGAGAAGGAGGAGAAGAAGAAGGAAGGCAAAAGGAAAGCUUCUACUGACACUGCAGGAACACCAGAAGAGAAAGGAACCAAGAGGAAGAAGGAGGAGGGAGAGAAGGUGCGAGGUUUUAAACGAGGCCUGCAGCCUGAAAGAAUCAUCGGUGCCACAGACUCCAGCGGAGAGCUCAUGUUCCUCAUGAAAUGGAAGAACUCUGACGAGGCGGACCUGGUCCCUGCCAAAGAAGCCAACAUGGUUUGUCCCCAGGUGGUGAUUUCUUUCUACGAGGAGCGACUCACCUGGCAUUCGUACCCCACAGAAGAGGAAGACAAGAAGGAGGAUGAGAAAAAGGACUAAGAGGACAAGAUGGACGUGCAGGUUGGUGUUGAACAGCAGUUUCAAAGCAACAACUGUUCUGUUGGAGCUCAAAGCUUUUCUUUACGCUUCUGAGGAUUUAUCAUCAAAUACUUGUAUUUUUUUUUUUUCUUGUUUUUAGUAUGACCAAACAUGUUUUUGUUUAAAGUGUCUUGUUAGAAUGAUUUCACCUUUGUUGCCCUGCAUUCAACCAACACCAGGAAUUAGAUCAGCUCUGCAAAACAUUUGAGUCUCUAAAGUCACGUGACAUGUUUCUCUGUAGUCAUAACCAUACCACCACUUCAUGACUACAGUCGGAUAAUCAAUGUCUUCUGUCACAUCUUAAACAUUUCUUAAUGACGUCGACCUUGGUAAAGUUCUGUUAUGUUUUAGGUAAAAAUCAUACAUUGAAGCUACUGUAAUUCUCUGUGCUGUAAACACAAUCAUAUUUCAUAUUUCUGAAAACACUGUUUACGAAAGUAUAAAUAUUGUUCCUAUUUCCAUCACUUUGUCACGUCGGUGCCCACAAAAAUUUUGCUUUGACAUCUUUCCAAGCGUAAUUAGGUUUUUGAAAUGUCUUCAUUUGUGAAGUUUUGCUUCUGAUGGAAAACUAAGCUAGUUAGUAGCCGCUGUUCACCUUCUCAAAUACGUGUGAAUUUACCAUUACGUGACGACCACGUUUUCUACACUAAAGAUUCUAAAACCAACUUUAAUUAGUGCAACGUCUCUCAAAGUGACUUAAUUUUUACAAUAAUUUUAAACUAAUUCAAUACAUGCAGUGGGUCAAGUUACACACAAUUGCAUUGUGACUUCCUAUUCAGUGCAAAGUAAGCAUCAAAAUAAAAACCUGGCAGCAAGAAUAAAUGCACCAGAAUAAAAAUGAGCUUGUAUACAAAAUCAUUGUCAAAACACACAAAUGAAGAGUGUAGAAAAUAUGAAAACCCCAAAAAUCUUAUGUUCAAGUCCCCAACGAGCCUUUUAAUUUGGUUUAUGUUGACAACUGCCUAUGAAGCGUUGAGGUAAACGGUCUCGACUGUACUUAGCGUGACAAACUGCAUGCAAAUAUGAUCGUCCCAGAUAUUUGAUUUAAAAAAUGACUCAAACCACAUCUUGUGGGGGGGAAGUAGUGCACCCAUUCAUCUGUAGUAAUCACUUUCACUUUGUACAUUGGUGAAAGACUCUUCCAGUGCCAUCAUUUGGACUAAGUGCUGGAUUUGUAGUUUUAGUCAUCACUGGGAGUUACAGUAAAUGUGUAAAAGUGCUUAGCUUUCACUUUUCAUUUCACGUGGUACAUCAGUAUUACUUCUCGCUAGAUUGCUUUUGUCUCGUCUCCUUCCAUGAAUUGCUACCUGUUGUGUUGCAUGUUCUUGUUCUUGCAGUGUCUACUUGGAAAGGUUUUGAGCAAUAAAGUUUUUAAUUUUCCUAA